AUGGCGCGCUGCGCCGUGCUCGCAGCGCUCGCCGCCGUGGCGCUGCUAGUGGGCGCUGCGAACGCGGCGUCCGUGGAUCUGUGCGGUGACAUCGAGGUCGACAUGACUCUGUUUGCGGUCGAUGAUGUCGAGCUCACGUGCCAGACGUUCGUGAAGUCCGGUGCGACGCUGACCAUCGAGGGCGGCACCACCAUCAAGGCCGUGGAGGUGGCUGAGGGCUUCGACGCGCCCGCGCUCGUCAUCGAACGGGGCGCAAAGAUCAUGGCGGAGGGUACGGCCGACGACCCCAUCACCUUCACCACUGCCGACAGCUCUCUGGACCCUGACGCCGAGGACUUCUCCGCGGAGAAGGCGUGGGGCAAGUGGGGUGGUCUCAUCAUCCUUGGGUCCGCCCCCCUAACGCUCGCUGAGGGCGAUGAGAACUCCGUGGAGGGCCUGCCGCAAGGCAAGGGUCUGUAUGGUGGUGACGACCCCGACGACAACUCGGGUGUGCUCAAGUACGUGCGCGUCUGGUACGGCGGCUCCGUCAUCGGUGAGAACAACGAGAUCAACGGCAUCACCUUCGCGGGUGUUGGAGCUGGCACCACCGUCGAGAACAUAGAAGUCGCGUACAACUUGGAUGACGGCAUAGAGUUCUUCGGCGGCACUGUGAACGCCAAGUACCUCUCCGUCCUGUUCUGCGGCGACGACGCCAUAGACACGGACGAGGGCUAUUCCGGCAAGAUCCAGUUCGUGUUCAUCGUGCUGGGCCGCGGCGGACACCAUGCCUUCGAGAUGGACAGCAUCCUCGACGGCGGCGACGCCGUCACCCCGCGCUCCUUCCCCCAGGUCUACAACGUCCUCAUCGUGGGCGGCUCCUCCGAAGUGGACGCCCCCUCCUCCGACGACCAGCUCUCCGGCCUCAUGCGCUUCCGCGAGGGCACCGCCGGCUCGUUCGGAAACAUCGUGAUGGUGAACGUCGGCGAGCACGGCGUCCGCAUGAACGACUGCGCGGAGGUGUUGAUCAGCCAGGACGGCGACGACGUCGGCCCCAACACCCUGUGGUUCUCCGCCAACAACAUCAUCGCCGCUGUGGACGAGCCCUUCAACCUUGACGACGGCUGCGAGGGCCUGGAGUCGCGCUCUGAGGCUGCACCUGGAUUGACGAUGGUGGGGAGCGUGAUCGACGAGAACGUGGCGUUCAUCGACCCGCGGCCCGUGUCGCGCGGCAGCGCCGUGUUCAACAGCGUGGAUGAGCUCCCCGACGACGAGUUCUGGACCCCCGUCGACUUCCGCGGUGCCUUCGACGAGGACCUCUGGAUUUCGGGCUGGUCCUUCCUGGACGACUUCGCCAGGAUCCCCGACAACAUCCCCGGCAAGAUCUUGGACGGGGACGUCGAGGCCGACACCACCUGGAGCGCCGACACUGUGUACCUGCUCACGGACCAGGUGUUCGUCAAGGACGGCGCUACGCUGACCAUCCAGGCCGGCACCACCAUCUUUGCGUACAGCGACAACGGCGCAGGCAAGGCCCCCGCGCUCGUCGUGGAGCGCGGCGGCCAGAUCAUGGCCGAGGGCAACGCCGAUGCCCCCAUCACGUUCACCUCCGCUCUCAACGCCAGGCACCUGCCCAGGAGGGGCACCUGGGGUGGUCUCAUCGUCAACGGUAAUGCCCCAAUCUCAACGGAGGGCGGAUCCAACGAGGUGGAGGGGCUGGAGGGCGUGCCCUAUGGUGGCAGUGACCCCACCGACAACUCGGGUAUCCUGCAGUACGUGCGCGUGUGGUACGGCGGAGAGGCGAUCGCUGCCGACAAUGAAAUCAACGGUAUCACCUUCGCCGGUGUGGGCAGCGGCACCACUGUGGACCACAUCGAGGUUGCGUUCAACCUGGACGACGGCGUGGAGUUCUUCGGCGGCACCGUCAACGUCAAGUACUUGUCGGUGCUCUUCUGCGGCGACGACGGCAUCGACACGGACGAGGGCUACAGCGGCAAGAUCCAGUUCGCGGUGGUGUUGGUUGGCGAGAAGGGCCACCACGCCACGGAGAUGGACUCCAAGACCAACGGCGACGUCAACUCGCAGCCGCGCUCCUUCCCCCAGGUUUACAACGCCCUCUUCGUCGGCGGCAGCGGCGUCCCGGGCUCCCCCAGCUCCGACGACCAGGACCUGGGCCUGAUGCGCCUCCGCGAGGGCACCGGCGGGGAGUUUGGGAACAUCAUCCUGGCCAACAUCCCCCGCGUCGGCGUUCUGCAGAACGAGUGCGGCAGCGAGGACAGGACGCACGCCCUCCCGUCCGGCGGCGCACCCGACUACCUGUGGUUCAGCGCCAAGAACGUCAUGAGCGGCGCCAUCGAGAACUUCGAGCUCGACGACAGCUGCGACGGCCUGUUCGACACGGUCGAGGCCGACGAUCUUGGCCUGGUGCUCCUGCCCACUGGCCUCAACGAGGAUUCGCCCUUCGUGGACCCGCGCCCCUUGCCCAACAGCGUCGCCUUCGAGGACCUUGAUGACGUCCCGUCCGACGACUUCUUCGAGUCCGUGCCGUACAAAGGCGCCUUCGGGCAGGAGAUGUGGCUGGCGGGAUGGUCGUGGCUGAGCGACGCCGGCAAGAUCCCCAACGACAUCUGGGGCCCCACCGUGUCGGGGGACAUCACCGAGGACACCACCUGGCCCGCAAACGACACCAUCCUCAUGACCGGCCAGGUCUUCGUCAAGUCGGGCGCAACCCUGAAGAUUGAGGCCGGCGCCACCGUCUGGGCGUACGGUGAUGAUGGCACCGGCAAGGCGCCGGCGCUGAUUGUGGAGAGGGGUGCCAAGGUCGAGGCCAAGGGUACGGCCGCGGACCCCGUCACCUUCACCUCUGCGGCUCAUCCCGACGCUCUGCCCGCACGCGGCAUGUGGGGGGGCCUCAUCGUUCUGGGUAAUGCGCCCGUCUCCGGUGGCGAGGCCGAGGUCGAGGGCAUCCGCGGCGUGAAGUACGGUGGAGAUGACCCGGCUGACAAUUCCGGCACACUCUCCCAUGUGCGAGUCUGGUAUGGCGGCUCCGUCAUCGGCGAGAACAACGAGAUCAACGGCAUCACCUUCGCCGGUGUGGGCAGCGGCACCGCCGUGGACCACAUCGAAGUCGCGUUCAACCUGGACGACGGUGUGGAGUUCUUUGGCGGCUCCGUGAACGCCAAGUACGUGUCCGUCCUGUUCGUCGGCGACGACGCCGUGGACACUGACCUGGGCUACAACGGCAAGCUGCAGUUCGUCUUCGUCGUCGUCGAUCUCACCGGCCACCACGGCACGGAGAUGGACUCCCAGGUCGGCAACGAGCAGCCGCGCUCCUUCCCCCAGAUGUACAACGCCCUCUUUGUCGGCUCCGUCUCCGCCAACCCCAAGCCCGUAUCAUCCGACGACCGCCUAGAGGCCAUGAUGCGCCUCCGCGAGAACACCGGUGGGGAGUUUGCGAACGUCGUGAUGGUCAACAUCCCCAGGGCUGGCGUCCUCCAGACGGACUGCGGCAAUGAGGUCCGCACCCACGACCAGUCGGAGGCGGAGGCCGCCGGCGCGCCCAACUACCUCUGGUUCUCCUCCAACAACGUCAUCAACACCGUCGGAUCCGGCGUGCAGUUCGACCUCGAGGAUGGCUGCGACGGAUUCACGGAGGUUGAUGACACCCCCGCCGAGCUGCAGCUCAUCCCCACGGACGCCGAGUCCACGGAGAUGUACGACCCGCGCCCCACGCCGGACUCCCCGCUGCUGACCGCCUCCUCGGUGGACCCCUUCCCCGACGACGGAUUCUUCGAGCAGGUCGGCUUCAGGGGCGCCUUCUCCGCGGACGCCGACGACCUGUGGAUUGCGGACUGGUCGUGGCUGGCGGAGAACGGGAACUUGGCCGUCUAA